UAGCAGCAGGAAGCUACCAAUAAUAACAAUCAAUCAUCCGCCUAAACCGAAAACAAACCAAAGGGAAACGCGAGAAGAGAGAGAGAGAUCUCGGAUCAAACGAUCUCCCAAACCUCGAGAGGGAAGAAGAAGAAGAUCAAACAUCUGGAUCAGGAACAAAGGGAGGAGAAGAUGUUGCCCACAACUUCCAGAUCUCGCUCUUCGCCUUCUUCAUCCCGAGCCAACCCAAUGUUCCUUCAGUAUUUUCGCCGUAUCGUCAAGUGGCAGCAAAUGGAUGUUGAAUACACUUUCUGGCAAAUGCUUAACCUUUGUACAUCUCCCAAAGUUGUCUAUCAACACACCAAGUAUCACAAACAAACGAAAAACCAAUGGGCACGUGAUGACCCUGCUUUUAUUGUGAUCUGUAGCCUGCUUCUUAUUGUUGCAACUUUAGCCUACUGUGCCACGUAUGACCAUAGUGGCUCUCAUGCCGUCGUCGUGGUUGUAUCGGUGUUCCUCACCCAUUUCUUAAUCACUGGAGCAGUUAUAGCUACAUGCUGUUGGUUUCUGACGAACUCUUACCUUCGCGAGGAGGCUCCUAACAGUCAUGUGGUGGAACAACGCGUUGAAUGGCUGUAUACGUUUGAUGUUCACUGCAACUCGUUCUUUCCAAUGUUUGUGCUGCUCUACGUCGUUCAUUAUUUCUUAUCACCACUCCUGAUAACUCAUGGAUUCAUCGCUCUACUACUUUCGAAUCUGCUUUUCAUGGUCGGGGCUUCGUAUUACCAUUAUCUUAACUUCCUAGGAUAUGACGUGCUUCCAUUUUUGGAACGAACAACAUUCUUCCUCUACCCAAUUGGGAUCGUGAUUGUCCUGUCCCCUAUUUUGAUCUUAAGUGGAUUCAACCCCUCAAGAUAUUUCAUGAACAUGUACUUCAGCCAAAGAUUAUAAAACUAAACAAGCCACAUCAGUGGAAUCUCAAGGGCUCUGCACUGCAUAUACAUCAUCAAGGGAGAAGAGAGUAUGAAUUUUUUUUUUUUUUUUGGUUUUACCUGUAACAGAUCAUCGUCAUGCUCCAGUUUCUGGUAAACCUUCAAAGCCUACUUAGUAGAAUCUAGUGACAAUUUUUCUGAACUUGGCGAUAUUUAGCAGGGCAUCUUUCUAUUGUCCCUUACCCUUUUCUUCAAAUUCAUGGUCAUUUCUUAUUUAUGGUAAUUGUUUGUUGGUUU